GUGAUGAAACAACAUGGCAGCGCCCUGAAGUGAAAAUCGCGUUUUCGUCUUUUCCUUUGAAAUAUUCUAAAUACGGGAAGAUUUAUUCACUCCCGGGAGUUUUUGAAGUAAGACAUCGUUGAUUCAGACUCAGAAGAAGGCUGAACGGCAGUUUUUUUUGUACGAGUCCUGUUAAUUGAGGAGAAAGAUGUGAAAGUCGUCUGCUAAAAUAUCUUCAGUUGUGUACUUUGGACUCCCUUCAUCAUUCAGGUAUAAGCCAGAAGAAGAUCUACUCCACAUCGGGCUUUGUACUAGAAAAAUCAUGGCUUCUAGCAAACUUCUGGCGAGCGCCACCAAACAGGCAUCGUACAACAUGUUUUUUCAGGUUAUCUUUCGAGUGAUGACCUUCCUCCUGAAUGCCUUCCUCUUACGGUACAUCACCAAGGAGAUGGUGGGCGUGGUCAACGUUAGGUUAACACUUCUCUACACCACCAUCAUUUUUGUUGCUCACGAGGCCUUCAGACGGGCAUGUCUGAGUGGAGGGGACAAACGCAACUGGAGACAGACGGUCAACCUGAUAUGGUGCACUGUUCCCCUGGGGUUCGUCUGUACUGUAGUGUUCAGCAGUGUCUGGUUGUACCUCCUGGAGCGGCCAGAUCCAGACGUCAUCCCGCACUACCGUCUGGGCGUGCUCGCCUUCGCCGCGUCAGCAUUCAUCGAGCUGUUUGCAGACCAGCUUUGGCUGAUGACCCAGGCCCUACUGUUUGUCAGGUUGAAGGUGGUGAUUGACAGUUUGUGGAUAGCAGUACGAUGUGUGACUACUGUGAUCCUGGUGGUGUAUUUCCCACAUCUCGGUCUGAUAGCCUUCUCAAUAGCACAGGUAGUGAGCAGUGCAGCACUGGUCCUGGCGUACUACGCAUACUUCACCCACUACAUCCGCACUGCCUCGGCCGACGACAGCUUUCCGUUAAAGACAAUACAAGACUUCUUCCCUACCUGGCCUACAGGAAAGAAGCCAUGGACAAGCCCAGAACUGGCCAAGCUGACUUGGAGUUUCUUUAAGCAGGGAAUCUUGAAGCAGCUUCUGACAGAAGGUGAAAGAUACGUCAUGACCAUUUUUGAUGUGCUGAGUUUCGGAGACCAAGGGGUUUAUGACAUUAUAAAUAACCUGGGCUCCCUGGCCGCCAGAUUUCUGUUCCUGCCCAUUGAGGAGAGUGGGUACCUGUUCUUUGCUCAGUCACUCAAGAGAGGCAAGCCAAUCAGGGACCAGGAUAAGGAAUCUCUUGCUCUUGUGUCCAGGGUACUGCAGAGCCUGCUGAAGGUGGUGGUUCUGAUUGGUCUGAUCAUCCUGGUGUUUGGUUACGCCUACUCCUUCCUGGCCCUGGACAUCUACGCAGGGGAGAUGCUCAGCUCAGGAUCAGGCCCCUCUCUUCUCCGGUGGUACUGUGUCUAUGUCCUGCUCAUUGCUAUCAACGGGACCACCGAGUGCUUUGUGUUUGCAGCCAUGAGUCAAGAAGAGGUGGACAGGUACAACAAGAAGAUGCUGGUGUUCUCUGUGCUGUUCCUGACCUCAGCUGUCUACCUGACACGCUGGCUGGGCAGCGUGGGGUUCAUCUUUGCCAACUGCCUGAACAUGCUGGCCAGGAUUGUGCACAGUCUGUACUUCAUGCUGGGUUACUACCGGGGUAGCCAGUGGAGACCUUUACUAGGCCUGGUGCCCAGUGGAUGGGUGUCAGCAGUGCUGGUGAUAUCAUGGUUUGUCACAAGCUCCUCAGAGACAAUGCUGUGUUGCGACCAGGGCUGGCCCUAUCGCAUCCUACACAUCGCUAUCGGAGCAGUCUGCCUUUUAGUUGUCAUGGCAACAAUCCUUCUGACAGAACGAGACCUGGUGAUGUUUGUGCAGGAACAGUGGCUGUCCCGAUCUCAACAACACAAUGACAACAAGAGUAAACAAGACCAGAAAGCAACAAAUAGAAGACAGACUGAUAGCAAGAAACAGUCAUAACUUAAUCUAAAAUAAAGCUGUAACAUGUCAGUAUAUUGUUACCACUAUUAUUAAAAAAAAAUUAAUGAAUUAUUUUUCUAUUCCAACAAUAUGAAAUUAUAAGGCAUGAGAAAAAUGUUGUAGUUUAGAGUUGUUUACAUGUAAGUAGUGAGAGGUGGCAUGGUAUAUUGUAAGUUAAUUCAGUUUUUGGUAAAACUACUAGAAGGUCUAAAUUUGUUAUAAGUCAAUGUUGUUUAUAAAUAAGAAAGGCCAUGCUUUUAUUUCAUGCCCUGUAAAGUUGUUGGCUGUUCUGGGGUGAAUACGUUGUUGCUCUCAGGGAUGGAAUGAGACUGUGUGAGGUGUGACGCACUGGGGCCUAGUUUUGUCAAGCUUCAUUUCAUUAAAAAUACUUGAAUUACAAGUACUAUAAUUGUGCAAUUUUAAAAUACUAUCAUUCUCGUGUAUGUGUUGCAGCCAACACAUACCUGGUACUUUAUUAUUUAACUUGACUUUCACAAAGUCUGCUAGCUUUUAUGUCUCCACCCAUUGAAAAUAAAAUCAACAAGAGUCAAGACAGCUUGUUCUUGAGUAGCCAUAUUCUACACUGUUUAGAAAAUUAUUGUGAUAAAUAUGCAGCUUA